GGUGUUGUGAAUUCGCAUAGCCAAGACAUCUUGAGUGGGAGUUGUCAGGAUCGCUUUGUUGUGCGUUUUCACCGUCGAUUCGCACCGAUUACGACCGCGCCAGCCGUAGCCAUGCCCGGUAUAGAGAAGCUACCGAUAGAGGAGACGCUGGAGGACAGUCCGCAGACACGCUCCCUGCUGGGAGUGUUUGAGGAAGACACUGCAGCGAUGUCCAACUACUGUGCACAGCUCUAUCAGGCCAUGCAGAGGAUCUAUGAUGCACAGAAUGAGCUCAGUGCUGCGACACACCUGACCUCCAGACUGCUGAAGGAGUACGACAAACAGCGUUUUCCACUAGGGGGCGAUGAUGAGGUGAUGAGCUCCACGCUGCAGCAGUUUGCUAAAGUGAUUGAUGAGUUGAGUUCCUGUCAUGCUGUCCUGUCCACCCAGCUUGCAGAUGCCAUGAUGUUUCCCAUCACUCAGUUUAAAGAGAGAGAUCUGAAGGAGAUCCUCACUCUCAAAGAAGUCUUCCAAAUAUCCAGUGAUGAUCAUGACGUAGCCAUCAACAGAUACAGCCGCCUGUCCAAGAAGAGGGACAACGACAAGUUGCGUGCGGAGGCUGUGGAGGAUGUCUACACCUCCCGCAAGAAGCAGCACCAGACCAUGAUGCACUACUUCUGCUCGCUUAACACACUACAGUACAAGAAGAAGACAGCUCUGCUGGAGCCACUGCUGGGCUACAUGCAGGCACAGAUCAGUUUCUUUAAGCUGGGUUCAGAAAACCUCACCCAGCAGUGGGAGGACUUCCUGGGAACCAUAGGAACCAGUGUCCAGAAUGUGUGCCGGGAGAUGGAGGCAGAGGUCGGGCAGAUGCAGGAGACCAUCCAGGAAAUGGAGAGAUCAUGUGACGGGCUGUACGCACCAUGUGACCCUGACCCCGCCCACUCACCUGUCUGUCGCAACCUGACCAGGAAACAGGGCUACCUGCACAUCCGCAAUAAGACGGGGCUGGUCUCGUCGUCCUGGGACCGGCAGUACUUCUUCACGCAGGGCGGGAACCUGAUGCAGCAGGGCCGGGCCGAGGUGGCGGGGGGGCUGGUCACGGACCUCGACAACUGCUCCGUCAUGGCGGUCGACUGUGACGAUCGCCGCUUCUGCUUCCAGGUCACUUCCUUCGAUGGCAAGAAAGUGGUGACGCUGCAGUCGGAGAGCAGGAAGGACUGCGAGGAGUGGAUCUCCACCAUCAACAACAUCUCCAAAAGGAUCUACCUGAGUGAGAACGCAGAGGAGCUUGCAGCCAGAGUGAACCAAUCGGCUCUUGAAGCCGUGACGCCAUCUCCGUCCUUCCAGCAGAGACAUGAGAGCAUGAGACCCAGCAGUAAAGGGCGUGUGGGCCGAGCGAGCAGUAUCAGCUCUGUGGGCUCUGAGCCGUCCCCUGCCCUUUCUGUGCUGUCAUUGGAUGCCCUUGUUGCCCCGGAAACACCCAUCCAGUUUGACAUAAUUUCCCCGGUCAGCGAGGAGAACUCAGGGCAGAGCAAGACGGCAGUACAGACCAGCAGAAGGAGUAAUCCAUUUGGAGAGUCAGGAGACAGCACUUCAGAAGACAGUGAAGACUCGAUCCUCCACCAGCUCUUCAUCGUUCGCUUCCUGGGCUCCAUGGAGGUGCGUAACGCUGAGUCAGCAGACAUCAUCUCUGAGACCAUGAGGCAGAUCCUGGCCGCCAGAGCCAUCCACAACAUCUUCAGGAUGACCGAAUCACACCUGCUGGUCACCUGUGACUGCCUCAAGCUCAUUGAUCCUCAGACACAAGUCACUCGACUCAGGUUCCCUCUCUCCAGCGUGGUCCAGUGUUCGUCCCAUCAGGACAACAAGAGGCUGUUUGGCUUCGUUUUGCAGGCGCCUGCCGCUAGCGGGCGCGGUGACAGCCGAGCUGUCGGCUACAUCUUCGAGUCCAACAACGAUGGAGAGAAGAUCUGCGACAGCGUUGGUCUGGCCAAGCAGAUAGCCUUCCACUCGGAGAUGGACCGUAAGGCCGUGGAGAAGAGGAAGGAGCAUGACAAGGCCAAAGAGAAACAGCAAGAAGAACUGAGUAAACAGAGACAGAUCGAGAAGGAUCUGGAGGAGCAGAGCCGUUUGAUCGCCGCCUCGAGUCGCGCCGCUAACCCGCCUUCUGCUGACGGACAAUUCCUAGUGCUCAGCAACAGCCAAUCAGAGGACAGCGAUGCCAGGGAGGAGGGGAAAAAGCAGGGCGAGUCUGAAGCCUAACAACUGGGCUGCCUGGGACUGAAAAACAUGCGCUCCCUCCUUUGCUGGACUCUGUUUGAAGUUGGUGGUGGAGCCUGCCACUCACGGAGGAUAAAUUAAACGCACCCUAACUGUAAGAGGAGGGGAGUAUGAGUGGAAACGUCUCGUUAGGACUUCUGUGUGUAAAAAUAUAAAAGAAAACGCAGAUUUUUAUACCGGCUCCACUCGCAAAUAUAGAUUUAAACUGUAGGUUUCUGUUCUUUAUUAAUGUGUAUUUUAUAGAAAGAGCUAACCGCAACAACAAAGGAUUAAAAGAAAAGCAAAGCAUGCAAAAUAAGGAGCCAGGAUCUGAAGGAGACAGAUUUGGACAGUGUCCUUGUCGACUCUUGCUCAAGGGCUCUUUGGCAGGAGGCAAAGGUUUCGCCGAGGGUCCAGAGGGCAGCAGGGACACCUCCGUGAGAGAUACAGUACAGGCCAAAAGUCUGGACACACCUUCUCAUUCAAUGAGUUUCCUUUUU